AUGUCAGAACACGAGAGGAAGGUGCAAGAAAUUGCAUCUGACAUCAAGUCAUUUUACCAUCGCAAAGAGCCUUACCGCAUUUUCCAUGGUUCCACCAACAGCACCCGACCCGCACCCAGAGAUCGAGUCAUUGAUAUCAGUGCUCUGAAUACCAUCUUGAGCAUCGACACCAAAACUCAAACGGUGAUUUUAGAACCAAAUGUCCCGAUGGACACGUUAGUCAGAGCAACCCUUGAACAUGGGCUGAUUCCUCCAGUGGUCAUGGAGUUUCCCGGCAUCACCGUUGGAGGAGGCUUUGCGGGGUCUGCUGGAGAGAGUAGUUCGUUCAAGUUUGGCUACUUCGACCAAUCUAUUAUCUCAAUCGAGAUGGUGCUAGCAAAUGGGGAAAUUGUGACAGCUUCCAAAACUGAACGUCCCGACUUGUUCAAAUGUGCGGCAGGAUCACUCGGUACACUUGGAACAGUGACACAACUUGAAGUUCAACUGAUCAAGGCGAAAAAUUAUGUGAAGACCACAUAUAAUAGAUGUCACAACGUACGAGACACGAUCGAGUCCGUCCAGAGGGAAAUCGAUAAUCCUGAACAUGACUAUGUUGACGGCAUCAUACUCUCCAGUACUCACGGCGUGGUAAUUACUGGCCAGCUGACAGACAAGACCCCAAAGGAUGCCGUCGUCUGCAAAUUCAGUCGGCCAUGGGAUCCCUGGUACUAUCUACAUGUGAAAGAGCGAACGAUUUCUGAAGGUCUUUCCAUCAAGUUGGAAUACGUACCCAUCAGUGAUUAUCUCUUUCGCUACGACCGUGGAGGAUUCUGGGUCGGCGCCGCGGCGUUCAAGUAUUUUGGAUUUGUCCCAUUCAAUCGGUUGACUCGUUGGUUAUUGGAUGACUUUAUGCACACUCGAAUGCUAUACCGCGCGCUUCACGGCGGUAAAAUGUACACCCAACAGAUAACCCAAGAUCUAUCGCUUCCAUAUUCGACCGCCGAGAAGUUCAUUGAAUAUACCGCCGAGGAGUUUGGGAUAUGGCCAUUAUGGUUGUGCCCUCUAGGUGCUGUGAACCCGCCCACCUUUCACCCAACAACCACGCUACCUGGCCCAGACAAUUCUGCCAAGCCGAUGCUGAACAUUGGACUUUGGGGUGCAGCUUCAACAGAUAUCAAGACAUUCGUUGCCCAAAAUCGAAGAUCGGAGAGCAAACUCACGCAGCUGGGAGGCCGAAAGGUUCUAUAUUCCCAAACCUUUUAUACUGAGGAGGAAUUUUGGGAUCUCUACGACAAAGAUGCAUAUCAAGAUUUGAGGAAUGCUUAUUCAGCUACUACAUUACCUACUGUUUACGAUAAAGUCAAGACUGAUGUCGCGGGAUUGUUGGAGAAGAGGACGUCUUUGUUCGAAAGAAUAACGACUUCAUGGCCGCUAGCAGGCUUUAUUGGGAUAUUCCACGCCAUAAGAAGUGAAGAUUAUUUGCUUCACAGAGACUCAUUAUGGAUGCAUAUACGAAAGAAAUUUCGUCAAAGUUCUUCAGGAAGGUUCAGUGGACGUAGUUGA